CACUGUACGCAUCCCGGGUGCUCCGAACCGACCCAACCCGUGUAGUUCAAGCAUUGAACUAUAUAUGGGAAAUAGAUGACACGAGUUCUACAUCCAGUAAACCACCUCUCAGCUCUCAGAGCAGUAAUCCCGGCUCCCGGAGCAAUAUUAUCCCAUCAGGAUACAGAUCAUCCCGUCCCUUCUCCGGGUCUAGGGCCUGCUCAGCAGGUUCAAGAGCUUACUCCGCAGGUUCCGCUGGACAGGAGUCAGGUUUUCAAUCCCGGAGCAGUCUUCUCUCUCUAGCUCCGUCCUUGCAUAGUGGACCCAUAUCUACCCUAGGGGACAAUCCUCUUGAUAUAGACUAUCUAAGCGGAGUUGAGACUGAUACUGAAUCCUUAGCCUCUUUGUCCUCCAACCUCUCCCUCCAGGCUCCUAUUGGAGGUCAAGGUAGACUAGGAGGCCGAAGGUACUCUCUCUCCCGUCUAUCCGGAGAGGAUCGAGGGAGUAAGGUUAGCCUUUUGCGCCGGUCAGCGCGUGUUCCUGGGCGUAGAGAUGUUGCUCCUGAAACAAGAAAUCCAGUUCCGUUCCUACAGUACCGUCCAGUCCAAUGGUUUCUCAAACCUCUGUACUUUGAGGUUCCCCAACGCGAAGCUUCCCCUGUAUUUGUGGGUCGAGACUGGGUCUUCAGGGAGAUCCAGGAGCAGUUCAAUUCUUCUCUUCCCACCAAUAGAGGGAUACUUAUCUCAGGAUCCCCUGGAACUGGAAAGACUGGAAUUAUUCUGAAUCUUGUUGAACGAAGCAGUUUUGGACAUGGAGAACCCCUCGGGAAAGAGCCGGUUUAUUCUCGAAUUGGGAGCAAUCUUGGAAGUUCCCAGCAAAACUUAAACCCUCAACCGAUCUAUUCCCAAUCUAUAUAUUCCCAGCCCAAUCCCUACUCUAGCAGUCAGCCAUCCAACCAACCUUCCUUGGCUAGCCAAGUAGUAGCUUACCAUUUCUGUCAGAUUGACAAUGCUGUGACAUGUCAGAUAGCGGAGUGGAUUCAUUCCUUAGCUGCUCAGCUUUCCCAGGCUCCUCAGCUAGAGAGUUAUCAUAGCCUGCUAUCUACUGAACAUGAUCUACGAGCUAAACUCUCCCUAACUCAUUGUCUUAGUCAUCCUGACUCUGCUCUUACCCAGGGUAUCCUGGCCCCCCUGGUUUCUCUUCAGAAGUCUGGCAAGCUUCCUGCUACAAACUGCAUCAUCCUUAUUGAUGCACUCUGUGAUGCUGAGUUCCAUAGACCAGAUUACGGAAACACGCUGACCGGCUUUAUAGCUCGUCAUCUACCAUCAUUUCCUACCUGGCUUAAGAUUAUCUGUACUAUCAGAACAGCGAGUAAACAGGCAGCAGCCAGCCUUCCCUUUCAUCAUAUAAGUUUGGAUAACUAUGACGUGGAUGAGAGACUGCAGAAGGAUAUCUCUGAUUAUAUUGGGAUGAGAAUAUCCAAGAGUAGGAAUAUUCAAACCAACAUAACGCCCUCCAAACUGUCUCGGAUGACGGAUGAGAAUCCUCAAACAAGGUUCCAGAAUCACCUUGUCUCAUCUGCUAAGGGUUCAUUUCUGUUUGUCAAACUGCUCCUUGAUCUGAUAGAGAAGGGCAGUGUUACCAUCAAGUCCACCAGCUUUAACGUGCUACCUGAGACCUUGUCCCAAAUCUUUCUACUGGAGUUCAAUCUUAGAUUUCCCACCACACACAGCUUCAAACAGGUGUCUGAUAUUUUGAGUGUGUGUUUGUCAAGUUUGCAACCGUUAACCCUACCCCAGCUCUUCCUAGCUGUCAACUCAAUAUAUAUAGAUGCAGAAAUAUCUUGGGAGGACUUUCUUGCCAGAUACUCCUUGAUCUCAGACCUGGUAGUUAAGAGAAGGGAUGAGUCCGUCUGCUUCUUCCACCCCUUGUUGAGGGAGUGGUUGAUGAGGCGGGGGGAGAAGGAGUCGAUCAAGUUUAUCUGUGAUCCUAGGAUAGGACACACAGCUCUCUCCCUAGAGAUGUGUAGGACGGAUCAAUCCUUGACUCCGGAGCUGACUCUAGACCUUACUCAUCAUAUCCUUAAAUCAAAUAUCUACAGGAAUAAAGAUACUGGAAUACCAACUAGAGAUCUUUUGGCCUCCUGGAUAUCUCUGUUCUCCGACGAUAUCUCCCUGGCUCUGGGAGCUGAGAGAAAUCUCUUCAAUCCUAAUAUUAACCUCUCCAAGCUUCUUCUCCUCUCCGGAGCUAAUCCGAACCAGAGCACGACCUAUCUCAACAAUGCCCCUCUACUCUGUGUGUUUACUAAGCGAGGAUAUGUAGAGAUGGUUUCACUCCUUCUAGAGUUUGGGGCUGAUGUCAACGCAACCAAUUCACAAGGAUUCAGUUCAAUAUCAUUUGCUUGCAUGGAGGGAAACAUGGAGUGUCUUAGAGUUUUAGUGGAAGGUGGGGCUAAGAUCUCCCAGAUAGAUAAAACUGAGAGCUGUGCCCUAGUGCAUGCAGCUAGAAACGGUCAUCUUCCAAUCCUAGAAUACCUUCUGUCCCUAGAUUGGAACUCUUCCUGUCCCAAGGAUGCUACCCUAUCAGAGGUCGCACAGCAGGCAGCAGUUGCAGCAGCUUCUGCAGGAAACCUCAGUAUCCUGGAGUUCCUACUGGAUAUGAGGGAGGUCAAGGUCAACAACGCUGACACCCUGCUGGGAGAGACACUCCUCGGAGCAGCUGCAGCCGCAGGUAGACGAGACUGCUGCCAGGCUUUGAUCAAGAGAGGAGCAAGUCUAAUCUCAACUAACCUUAAGGAAGCAGCACCUCUGCAUAUGGCUGCUAGGGAAGGACAUUGGUCUGUUUGUGAGCUUCUACUCUCAGAAGGAGCCAAUCUAGAGCAAAAGGAUGUGACUGGAAAGACACCAUUAAUUCUUGCAGCUAUGGAGGGACAUCUGGGUGUUGUGGAACACUUUGUCAUGAAGAAGGCGAAUAUUGAGGUUCAGGACAAGGACGGGUUGACCCCUCUGAUUUGGGCGUGUGCAAAGGGCAAACUUCAAGCAGUAAGGUUCUUGUUAGCUCAGGGUGCUGAUAUUAACUCUGUAGAUAAGAAAGGACGGACUGCUCUAGAUCUUGCAGGCUUCCAAGGGGAUCCUGAUGUAGUCACUUUGCUCCUAGAUCAUGGAGCAAUGAUGGAGCAUGUGGAUAUAAAUGGAAUGAGGGCACUUGACAGAGCAAUUGGAUGUGGAAAUUUUGCUGCGGUCAAAUGUUUUCUGAAAAAAGGCGCGAAACUUGGGCCAAACACGUGGACGAUGGCAGCAGGCAAACCAGAAAUACUGUUGUGUUUACUAAACAAACUGUUGGAAGACGGAAACACUCUGUAUAAGAGGAAUAAACUUAGUGACGCAGCUAUACGGUAUUCCUACGCAUACAAGCGUAUACCAUCCGAUCAAGAGAAACUUCAGAAAGUAUUUGAUCAGCUAAAGAUCCAUUUACUCCUCAACCUCUCUAGAUGUAAGCGUAAGAUGAAGGAGUACAGAGAGGCUGUAGAACACGCUUCAGAGGUCAUUCAAACCUUUCCUCACGUUUUCGAGGCGUAUCAUACACGUGCUAAAGCGUACCACAGUGACGGUAAGCUUGACGCAGCCUACUCCGAUAUGACGCAAGCUGUGCGUCUAGCUCCACAAAACCGUGAGCUCCAUAGGAACCUCCUGAGUAUCAAAGAGGAGAUUCAAUCCCCUUCUAAUCCGCUUCCAGACUCCAUGUUCACGGAUCCUAAGGAUCCUGAUUCUGGAGGAUCCACUUCAAGUGGGGUAGGAUCAUCAUUAUAAGACUCCCCCCCCCUUUUCCUCUUCUACUGGCGUACCUGGAAAACGUUCUGAAUUCAAUCUUUGUUUGAAAAUUAAAUGUUGAAAAACAAUCCAGAGGAAAACGAUGACUUGAUCUAAAAUAUUGGCAGGCUUCAGAAUCCUUUCAAGGCUGAGAAUUCAACGAUCUGCAUUCAAAACUGGAAAAGUCAGUUUUAAAACUUUUUAAACAGAUUUUAUUGUAGAUAUCGGAAAUAAUGUAAAAACUGUUUUGUUAAGCCCAGUCAAUUAACAUGUUAUAUGUCAGUUUAUAUUUUGUAUGUACAAUCUGUGAUAAAAAAAACAGCAAGAUAGAUUCCAUUUUAUUUUUGUGUUUGAAAAAAAAAAAUUUAGAAAAAUGUUAAAAUAUUUUCUCGCAAUUUUUGUUUCAAGUUGAUUAUUUUGAUCUCCAAUUUGUUACUUUUAUUUUUAUUAUUUCUUAACACUUUUAAACAGCUGUAAAUGUUACCAAUAUACUAAAUUUAUUCAGACAUGUACAGUGUACACUUAUCAUUGAUUUAUUUAUGUACUGCAGUACGCCGUAUUAAUGUUAAGCGUGUUUAGCAUUUUAAACGUAUAUUUACAGAAAAAUUACAUUUGUAUAUUAACAAAAAACUCAGUGAUCCUAAAUUCGUGUUUAAAGUACAGUAUAGUACAGUACAGUACAGUACAGUACAGUACAUGUUUAUAUUACUACACUAGUCCUCGCUAUUCAAUAAACUAAUUGUAAUUGAA